AUGGAUCCACCACCACCACCCACUACGGGUGAGCCUAUACCACCUUUCAUACCAUUAUCAACACAACCUUCACCAAAUACCACCAUGCCUAAUACCACUACCGACCCUACUCCACCACAUGAUGUUCCACCACCCAACACUACACCACCUAUUACUACCCAAGUUCAACCUACACUUACCUUUAACCCUUCUACUACAAUUCCAUCAUUUUCCCAUUUCUUCCCAGCUUUGGGUCAAUCAUCUUCAACCUAUCCACUACCACAAAGUUCAACUGUUAUCCAUGCUACUUCAUCAUUUAGACCACCGAACAAAUUGGGUUUUCAAUAUUCAUGCUUUCCAUUUGGGCAAUCUUCGGGUAUAGGAGGAUAUGGAUAUGAAGAAGGGUAUGAAGAGUUUGAGGGAUACGAAGAAGACGGAUUUUAUUAUGAGGGUGAUGGAGGUAAUUUGGGACCUCAAGGAGAAGUGGGUCAACAAAUGUGA